AUGGGGUUCAAUGAGAAGUGGCUAAACUGGAUUGCUUGUCUCUUUCAAUCAGGAAAAUCUUCGGUCCUUCUAAAUGGCACACCAGGAAGGCAGUUCACUUGCAAACGGGGAGUGCGCCAAGGGGAUCCUCAUUCACCGCUCAUUUUUGUCCUAGCGGCUGAUCUGUUGCAAUCUGCCAUCAAACAUGCUUUCCGUGAGGAGAUACUUCAGAAACCAAUUCCGUCAGCUGAGACAGACUACCCGGUAAUCCAGUAUGCGGACGAUACGAUUGUCUUUCUUCCAGUUGUGAAAGAGCAGGUUGAGGCUCUGAAAAAACUCCUGUUUUUCCUUGGAUCUGGGAAUCCAAAUGCACGAACAAAUGGAAAGUUUUUUCUUGGCUUCUGUUUGCUGAUCGUCUGA